UCGUAGAAAAAGAUGAAAAGAUUUCGGGAAACGAUCCUCGUCUCCUGCGAUACAUAAGAGACUUUGUCCUUAUUCCACCGCUUUCCAGAGAUGCUCCCUACAAGCUAAGGAAACCAAAAAUGCAUCAUUUCUCCCAAUUCAAGGACCAGAUUGCAUUCCUCAAUACCUUCUACGGGAAAUCUAAUGAAGGAUUCUUCAUCGAGGCGGGGGCAUUCGAUGGCGAGAGAUUUUCUAAUACCCUCUGGCUUGAAAGGGAGAGGAACUGGACGGGACUUCUCAUCGAACCCGACUCAAAGAACUUCGCCAGUUUGAAAGGGAAGCAGAGAAAGUCGUGGCUUGCCCAUUCCUGUCUAAGUCCAGUCCCGUAUCCCACAAAGAUGGCUCUGAAAGGAGGGGGAGCAAUUGGAAAGAUGGCCUUUGAUAAACGAGGAAACCAGAAGAUGCAGCAUCUCAUCUGUUUCCCAUUAGAGUCUCUCCUUGGUGCCAUCGGUCAAUACGAAGUGGAUUACUUCAGUCUGGACAUUGAGGGAUUGGAUUAUGAAGUUCUGAGCAACUUCUCUUGGGACGCUUUCGAUAUCAAGGUUCUCAUGGUUGAAUCCAACAAGGGAACGAGAGAGAAGAUCUUGGAAUUCAUGGCGGAAAUGAAGUACCAACACCUAAAGAAAAUAACUAUAGACGAUAUUUUCCAGAAACCCAAAAGUUGA